CUCGCCCUUAGGAUCCAUCCACCAUGUGUUACUCAACAACUCGCAGUUCAUGAAGAACUGAAGAAUUUUCUAUUAGUACUUAUUGGCUGCAUGGUCUCUGGUAAUGAGCCAAGAUGCAUGCACCCGGCUACAGCCCGGAUUCCUCCAGGCAGACUAGUCCCGCCUCCAAAGACCAUAAUCCCCGGAAACGUGGGAGAACCGCCUGCACUCGUUGCAAGACUCGAAAACAAAGAUGCGACAACGAGUAUCCGACUUGUUCCAACUGCCUGAAGGCUGGGGUCACGUGCGACAAAUCAAGCGUGCGCGAGGAUGGUGACCGUCAAAAUGACUACACGCGUGCCUUGGAAGAAAGAGUCGCGUUCCUGGAGACGAAGCUCGGACAGUCUGGACCAUCCACGAGUUACAAUGCAGGGACCAACGUUGCACACUCAACGUGGUCGCCUCAAGGGAGUCAAACAACCCCACAGACAGCGAGCUCCGGUUUAGACAAUAACCCGGUCGGAGAGAUCGUAGGGCUGUUGGCUCUCAGCUCAUCCGAAGCUCCUGCCUAUGUUGGCUCGAGCUCAGGCGUAGCAUUGGCUGCAAAUCUCGGCGAAAUGGUUCAGAGCAGCGUGUGGAACCAGUUCUUAUCAAAAACGCAAACACAGCCGAAUAUAGGUGGAAGCACUAGCUUCCAGAAUACUCCAGCUUCCCUGCUAGGCUCCUCUCAGCAGGGCCUGGCUGGAGGUGGCUGCAGGAAUCGCACCAACGUCGAUCCCCCAACUGAUGAGAUGGGUUCGAAGAUGCUCGAGACUUAUUUCAGGCGACUCCAUUCACGAUAUCCGUUUUUGGACCGGGGUCAGAUAUGGAAGAUGCACGAGGAUCGGUGGAGGUUGGCAAAGACAAAGCGCGAGGAUCUUUCACGAUCUGAUCGUUUCGCCAUCUUCAAGUUGAAUAUCGUUUAUGCGAUCGGUGCCACAAUGCUCCAACUAAGCGAGAAGUAUGCAUAUACUGCUCCAGAGCGAUUCUACACGACCGCCUUGCAGUACGUUCCUACAAUGUGCGAGGCCCGGUCCAUCGAAAACAUAGAGGCAAUGGUCCUUCUCGUUGUAUAUCAUCUGCGUACUGCAACAAGUCAUGGAAUGUGGUACAUGAUCGGACUGGCGAUGCGCACAGCUAUUGAUCUUGGCCUUCACCGCAAGGCAAAUGAGAUCAAUAUGGACCCAUUUACUGCUCAGAUGCGGCGACGUUUAUUCUGGGUAGUCUACUACUUAGAACGAGUCGUGUCGAUGUCUCUUGGUCGUCCAUUCAGCAUCUCUGACCGAAACAUUGAUCUCGACCUACCAUUAGACGUGGACGAUGAUGUACACGACCCUGCGCUCCUUACAGCCCCCGAAGACCCGACAAAGACGACAAAUUUGACAUUUGCGAUCUAUCUCUUCAAAUUACGCCGCAUCGACUCGCGUAUCCAACACAAAAUCUACCGUGCUGACCGACCUCUAUCCGCUUUGCGGCUGAAAAUGGAUCCGCUUUACCUUGAAUUGGAACAGUGGAAAGAAUCAGCACUUCAGCGAUUCAGCGGCUCGGACCUAGACUAUCCAAUGCUCCAUUAUAACAGGGCAGUGAGACUCUUGAUUCAACCAUUCCUCCCUCUUCUCCCAAUCACCGACCCCUACUAUCAUAUAUGUCUCCAAGCCGCCGGCGAGAUUUGCCAAUCGCAUAAACGUCUCCACCAAACUCUCGAGUAUGGACAUUCCUUCCUGGCGGUGCAGACCGUCUUCAUGGCGGGGAUCACCUUGCUAUUCGCUCUCUGGACACAUACAGAUCAAGUUUGGUCGGUUCGCAUAAGCAACGACAUCCGCGCGUGUUCGACCGUGCUCUUUGUCAUGGGCGAGAGAGCAGCAUGGGUUAAAAAGUACCGGGACGCAUUCGAGCUAUUGGUGAAUGCGGCAAUGGAGAAACUACAAGGAAAUGAGACCGCUCGGAAUGCAGGAAUGGCCGAGCUCAUGACGGCUCAGCAUGGCAUAGCAUCUUUGAAUACUGCUGUGCCUGGCAUGUCAAACAGUGAGAAGUUCCCCUCUGCGAAUUUGACGGGGCUAGCGCCUGAGACUGCCGCUACAACAGCCGCAGUACCUCAAACGUACCCAGCAGAUGACAGCGACCAUGCAGUUCGAAUGGCUCUGCAUCUGGCACCUUGGAUUGACCAGGAUCAGAAUGAUCCCUUGUGGAUGCCAGAUUUUGAGACCCUGGAAACCGUCUCGGGAACAUUCUGGAGCGGAGCUGAUACUACUCUUUUUGAUGCCUUGUGAUUGUGUAAAUAAAUCCUGCAUCACAAUCACAUCGUACCUCGACCGUAAAUUGUCUCUCACGGAAUAUCGGGGACUUCCGAGAACCAGCUUGCAAGAUCUGGAACGUCAAAUCGUCCGAGGAAUCCAAAUUCCUCCUGACCCAAGCCCAUCUCAUCCCAGCUCAUGAAAGGAUUGACGUUAGGGGCAUUAAUGGACUCAGGGUCCUGGGAACUCGCGUCUUCAGACAUCAGAUCUGCGUGUUGAGCGGAAAGGGCAUGCUGCCGAACACUUCCUUGCUGUGGUUGUGACUGGGUGGGUGCAGAUGUAUGGACAUCUUCACUUCUGGCUGGUACUGGUUGAAUGUCAAUUGCAAGAAGCGACUCAGGAGAUUGAAGGACGCGGACAGAGAGUUAAGGUGAAAUACCUUUGUAGUUCUGCACGAUAUACUGAUGUGUGACCUGUAAGAAUUGCAAUGAAUUGCGUGCAGACAAGCUAAAUGAUGCCAUGUUGGUCAAAAUCUCUUCGCAUCUUUGCCACGCGGUAUCGACAGCAUGCAGAUCGACCUGAUCAAGUAUCGAGCGACAGGUGUACGACAUAAUCAACACGAACCCAGCGGUUGAUGUAUCUAAACAAGAAUGUCAGUUUAGCUUCCCAUUGGAGGUAUUAUAGAAC